AUGACAAAUCAUCCAGGUAGCCAAGAAACAGGAUUCUACUUUGUGACAUCAGAGCAGCAUGAGAGAGAGAAUGGUCUUCACGUAAGACAUUCCAUCUUCAUCACCCCCACCCCAUUUAAUUCCUGAGCUACUGGAACAGAGUCAAAUGUUUGUUUGUUUGUUUGAUUUUUAUUUUUAUUAAAGGCACCUCUACAAAUACAAUAUAGGUACAAAUUUUUGAUUCAGAUAUUUUUUUCAUCUCAGAACUUGAACUGCAGGAGGUGAGCUGCGAUGCUGCUGAGAUUUCCUAGUUCAGAAACACAAGUCUUGGGGGUGGGGAGACCAGAAAUUCUUUACUCAAAUCACCAGGAGAAGAUGGUGACACCUAAAUUCUUAUCUGGGUUGAAUUUUAAGCCAGACAAGUGAGGAACACAACUCCCCACCUGCAUCUCAAAGUAGACCUCCUCAAUUAUUCGUACACACACACACACACACACACACACACACACACGACUGAAUUUAGGUUUGAUAAGGCCCUAAGUUACUGAAGAUAAUGGGGCCCUUUAUAUGUCCAGCUGUCCUUUGUCAACAACAAAUUGUCACUGUUUUUUGUGUUGAAUAUAUGCUAUAUGGUCAUUUACGGACCUAAUAAGUAUCUAAAGCCAUUUGCACAUGUUGCCAUGCAACCAGUCUAUGCAGAAUGAAGGCACCUUAUAUAUAGAAAGGAGCAAACCCGUGAUAUUUUAGGGAGCAGGCUAGCAGGCAAGGCCCAUUACUUACAGCAUAGGAGCCUACACAACACAAAACACUGUUGCUGUAUGUAGGUUUUAUUUCAUCUGUUUUUUAUCUUAUAUUUUGGAAAUGCACAUCCAGUUUUUCCCACCUUUAAAUUUUUUUGGGGGGCCCAAGAGAGUGGGGCCCUAAACUAUAGCUUGUUUAGCUUAUACGUAAAUCCAGCACUGCACACACACACACACACACACACACACACACACACCGUUCCAUGCUGCCUACCUAAGCUGGGCUUCCUGACAGUGGCCGGUGGAACUAAUGAAGGAAAGAAGGUCGUAGACGCACAACCUAAGAGUAUGCAAGAUAGCAAGGGGGCAAAAAAACAUCCUUUCCAUCUUCACAGGUGACAUCAGGCAGGAAGCAGAAUCACCCAGGAAAGGAGGGAUGUGGUGGUGCUGGGUGGAUGAACUUUGGUACCUGGGAAUAUUAAUGGUGAUCAGAGAGAACACAUAUGGGAAGGACCACAGAUCAAUGACAGAGUCUGCUUGGCUUACAGAAAGUCCCUGGUUUAGUUUGAAAUGCUCUCCAUCUGAAAUCCUGGCAUGUCACUCCCAGUCGGUGUAGAUAACAUGGAGUUAGCAGGACCAAUGGUCUGAGCUGGUAUAAGGCAGCUUUCUGUGCCCCCCCCCCUUUGGGCAGGAUGCAGUUUGACUGACAUUCCUUUGUAUAAAACAAGCCCGAAGGAGGCCCCCAACACACUCACAGGUCCUUGUAUGAUCAGUGGAAAUAGUUGGUCCUGUCAAAUAUUAACCACUCUCAAUUCCAACCUGAAAAUUGCCACCUGCCCAGAUAUUAACUUGUCUGAAUUAAUUUUAAGAUGUACAGUGGUACCUCAGGUUAAGUACUUAAUUCGUUCUGGAGGUCUAUUCUUAACCUGAAACUGUUCUUAACCUGAAGCACCACUUAAGCUAAUGGGGCCUCCUGCUACCGCCACACCGCCCCUGCACGAUUUCUGUUCUCAUCCUGAAGCAAAGUUCUUAACCUGAGGUAAUAUUUCUGGGUUAGUAGAGUCUGUAACCUGAAGCGUAUGUAACCCGAAGUACCACUGUAUUUUAGUUAACUGAUGUCUGUUUUUAUGCAUAUUGUGUUGUUUCUAUGAUGUUAGCCACUCUGAGCCUGGCCUUGGCCGGGGAGGGUGGGAUACAAAUAAAAUUAUUAUUAUUAUUAUUAUUAUUAGGUCCCAAAUUAAAGAAGAGGGAGAAAAUUUAUUCGGUUUGCGUUUAAAGGCAAACUUCUCUCCAGUGCACAAUUUCCGGUUUCUUCUUGGCAUAUUAUUGCUUUUUGCAGGACGAUGGCCAUUGGUGGCCACUGUGCCCCGUGAGUGUUGGGCCCAUGGGAGUCUUUCGACUUCUCAUAUUUGCACUUUCAUGGAUGAAUCUGGCUGCUGAAGGUAAGGUGUGUGCUUCUGUUUCUUUUUGUAGUUAUUAAUGUUAAUAUGGCUGAAAUAAGUAAAAGAGGGAGGCAACAGUUACAAGUUACCAGUUUCUGCAGCCACAGCAGGCGCUGUGAUUCUCCAGUGGUUUGUCUUCACCCCCAGAGGCGUAUUUCAUUGCCUCUUGAGACAGACGGGUGCCAACAACAAUAAAGUAUUAAGGUCAAUUAAUCCAGUUGUCUAGCAAUAUUGGUGUAGCAGGUUGCCAUUUGCCUCCACACCUGCAAGGAAGAUUCAUGAUGCAAAGUAACGGUUGAAAGGCCAUAUUUAUGAAUAUAAGAAAUACGGCAUCUGCAUGCCAUAUUUGGAAAGCGUUUUGUCUUAUUCUGAGACGGAAGCGACCUUUCGUUCCCCUGGGCAUGUUAAUAGCUGCUGUCUUAGGGCUUAGCCACACUUAACUUUUUUGUCCUGCAUGCUCCUCAAUAAUGCCUCAAUGCACCUAACACUUAUGUACUUCCUCUCAUGAGGAUACUAAAUGCCAAACCAAAAAUAUGGCCCAUGCCACUCCCAGCAAGCCAAUAAGAAUCGCCCAGAAGUAUAUAGAAGUUUGGUGGGGGGGUACUUCCUUGUUAACCUCCUAUGUUGCAAAACCCUGGUGUGUGCUGCAUGCAUACAUUCUAAGAUACAUUGCAUAUUCCCCCUUAAAAUAUGAUAUUGCAUGUCAGCAGGGGGGAGGGAUAGGAGGAGCCCAUACAGCACCUGAAAUGUCUGGCUGCUUGAACUGAGGUUCCUGCUGGGCUGAGUUACCAUGGAGCCCUGAAUGAAACUGAAUAUUGCUGGUCAUCUUUGAUGUGUGAAAUGUUGAUUAAUGUAGCGCUGUUUUGUAAGGACGAAAUCCCAAAUGAUGAAAUCCCAAAUUACAAUCACCACAUCAUUAUUUUUUACAUGGUCAUUAACAACUUCUUCUUCUCCUUUCCUCUCUCCCUCUCUCUUUCUGCAUUGGCAACUUGCAUAGAUAACCCAUUUGAUCCAAACCUCUCACGUGACCUACUCAUGUGUUGGCUCGACAAAGGAUUGUGCUCCAAGCAUACCUGCCCUUUUCUUUCUAGGACUACUGCACCAUGCGGCAAACGUGCAGUUUGCUGCACAAGGUAGACAACUCUUCAAUAUUAUUCUUACAGGUUUGGAAAUGCUUGCCACUAUUCUUUUUAACAGCCAUAUAUUUCCAGCUAUGUCCAUGUCGUGCUUCCCUGUGAUGAGUGCCUUUUUGAACAUAGCUGAACUCUUUAAUUUUUCCCCUGUAGGGAAAAAAAUCGGCUCUAAGAUUUGGAGAGUGAUUGGUGUUUGUGGGUCUAUAUAACAUUUGUGGCCAUUGUCGGUCCAAUCUCACCUGCCCCCAAGUUUUAAAACACUCCCCUUUUAUAGGGAUCUGUCCUAGAUUUGGUCUGGAGAGAAUCGGGCAGAUUUGGGUUUCAGCCAAAUUGAGUGAAGCAGUGGCAUAGCUAGCCGCUUGGGUGCCCUGCACACAAGCCCUGCAGCCGGGGGUGGAACGAGCCGUUCAUGGUGGCGCAGUAAACUGCCCAUGGGGGCAGGGUGAGCCAAGGCAGGGCACGCUGCAUGGAGCCUCUCCACCGCCUCCCCCUCAGCUGUAGGGUGACUGAGGCGGUGGGCAAACACUGUCGGGAUUCACAGAAUGCUGUGUGAGAUAGUGAGUCUACAGGCUUGAGUUUGCUAGCUGAUGCAACUGGCUGAUGCAAUCAGCCUGCAAUACUUUCUAGGCCGAAUCGCCUCCCCACACCAUGUCUGCAUGUGUCUAAACCUGCAGAGUGUUGCUUUGCAAGUGCAUUCACGAGCUGGUGAGUGGAGGGUUUGAGCCUGCAGGGUGCUGGUUUGCAAGGGGAUUCCAAUCUUCCUGGGAUCUGCUUCCCUAGCACAUUCCCUGAAGGGAACAGACUGGUGAAACAGACUCCUGCAGCCUUCCUUCAUGAUUCCCUGACCGUUAGAAUUCCUCCUCCGUGAUUGCAGUCAUGGGGUUGUUGUCUUUCACAUGAUGGUGUAUGUUUUGACUCCACAGAAUGGGAAGUGACAGAGACAGGGUGUUUGUGUUACUGUGUUCCGUGAAGUGGGACUAUUGUCCUUUGUUCUUUCUCUUUGCUGUCUGAUGCUAGAGAGAGAGGGAGCCAUGUUGCAGUGCUCCGUGUGUAGAUUAGCCAAAAUGCUGAGUUGCUGAGGUCUGUUACGCAAGCUGCGCAAACUCUGCGGAUCCCUAAGUGCGCCGGUGCCUGUUGGCAUCAGUCGCUGUGAUGUCCAGGCUGAAGAAAGCUAAUGAAGCUCCUGAAUGAUUGACCAGGAGGGAGAGAACAUGCCAGUCGGGCAUGUGUCUCUGCCAGGGUCUUACUCAAGUGUAGGACAAGCUCCUGACACUAACUGCCCCAGACCAUACUGGGCUGCCUGACACAGUGAUCUGGGAGUGUCUUCACCCCAGUGGCAUAGGAAGGGGGGUGCGGUGGGUGCAGGCCGCCCCAGGUGUCAUCACUGAGGGGGUGACAAAAUGGCCAGAUUAUGUGGUUUUUUAAAAAAAUAACUCCCUCAACCACCGCAUGCCCCUUCCUAUGCGGCUGCAGGAGUGAUUUCCAGAAACCAGAAGCAUUGCUUCCUCCUCCAACUUUGCAGGCAGAGCACAGCCUUUAUGGCUAGGAGCCUUUGACAGUCCUCUCCUCCAUGAAUCUGCAUAGUCCAGCAGCUUUUAAAAGCCCUAAUUAAGCAUUAACCUGACUCCCAAUUUGAUUCAGGACUGGAACCAAGGAAGCGGGGCUAGGCAGAGCCCUACACUUUUGUACUUGGAAUGUUCAAGGGCAGCGUUACAGUCAUGCCUCUGGCCUCCACUCCUGAAUGAUUGUCAGGCUUGAAGCUUAUAAUUCUCAGGUGUUUUUGCUUGGAGUAUUUGCCACCCCCUUCGUCUGGCCAGUUAUCAUACACAUUCUGCUCAACGUAAUGAGUCAAUAGAUGUUUUAUUGUGUUUUGAAUAUCUUGUUGGAACCUACCCAGAAUGGCUGGGGAGACCCGGCCAGAUGUGUGGGGUAUAAAUAAUAAAUUGUUAUUUAUUAUUAUUAUUAUUAUUAUUAUUAUUAUUAUUAUUAUUAACAAGAGUUUAAUGCCCAAGAAUAUUUUCAACAGCCUAUUUCCCCCUUGAUAUGUUCAUGGAUAAUAUAACUCACACAGGCCAUCAUUCUGACUUUCCCUUCCUUCCUUCCUUCCUUCCUUCCUUCCUUCCUUCCUUCCUUCCUUUCUUCAGCAUUGUAACAAAUAUGUGGCUGUGUGGAUUUGGUAAAGGUUUUUGCUCAAUGUGGUACUGCCCUCUCAAGCACUUUCAGUUUGGAAUAUGUGGCAGAGGAAGCCCAUGCUGUGUGAAGUCCAUUCCAGGAAAGUAGGCCAAUCUCUCCAGGGUAAGUCCAGAGAAAUGUUCAUAACUAUCCUUUCCAACUCCCAUCUAAGUACAUUGCCAGGAGAGGCAGUGGUGGCCACCAACACAGAUGGCAUAGACAAAUUCAUGGAGGGUAAGGUUAUCAAGUGUCUACUCAUCCAGCAGGGCUCUUUCUAGAUUGUUGUUUAGUCAUUUAGUCGUGCCCGACUCUUUGUGACCUCAUGGACCAGAGCACGCCAGGCACUCCUGUCUUCCACUGCCUCCCGCAGUUUGGUCAAACUCAUGUUAGUAGCUUCAAGAACACUGUCCCACCAUCUCGUCCUCUGUCGUCCCCUUCUCCUUGUGCCCUCAAGCCUUCCCAAACCAGGGUCUUUUCCAAUGAGGUGGCCAAAGUAUUGGAGCCUCAGCUUCAGGAUCUGUCCUUCCAGUGAGCACUCAGGGCUGAUUUCCUUAAGAAUGAAUAGGUUUGAUCUUCUUGCAGUCCAUGGGACUCUCAAGAGUCUCCUCCAGCACCAUAAUUCAAAAGCAUCCAUUCUUUGACGAUCAGUCUUCUUUAUGGUCCAUCUAUCACUUCCAUACAUCUCUACUGGGGAAACCAUAACUAUAGCUUUAACUAUACGGACCUUUGUUGGCAAAGUGAUGUCUCUGCUUUUUAAGAUGCAGCCAAGUGAGAGCUGGACCAUAAAUAAGGCUGAUCGCCGGAGAAUGGAUGCUUUUGAAUUAUGGUGCUGGAGGAGACUCUUGAGAGUCCCAUGGACUGCAAGAAGAUCAAACCUAUUCAUUCUUAAGGAAAUCAGCCCUGAGUGCUGAGUCCUAGAUUGUACUGUUUCCUAAUUCUGAUUACUAUGGCACAGAAUAAUUUCCUUAAUUUUGCAUUUUUUAAGUGAAAAGUUUUUAUUUGCUUCUCACAGAUUGGAAUGCAAUUAUAGUGAUAUUUUUUCUCUCCAGAUUUUCCACUCCUCUGAAUUUUAUUAUGGAUUUAUUGAUUCAAAAAAAUGCACCAAAGUGCAUUCAACGAUGUGUAUUUUAGCAUAAAAUGUACUUUAUUUAGAUAGUUUAUGGUGGUGAACCUAGUUCUAGUCAAAGGGCUGGCUGUUUUCCUUUCUGGACAAACUUCCAGGGGCUACUAGCCAAUGGAGUCCAGAAGCAAACAUGGGUAUGAUCAGAGGCAAAGGAUGAUGGAACAGAUUAUUAUUCCUAGAGGGCUGCAUUUGGAUCCUGGGCCUGAGGGUUCCCCAUCUCUGGUGUAUUUUGCGACAAAGUAUUUGCUUCAAUAUACAUUUUCAACCAUUUUCUAGCCCAAUUCCCUGCAAUGCAGGAAUCUCAACUAAAGAAUCCAUGAUACAUGGAUUUCCUACAUUGCAAUAGGAAAAAUUGCUUGCAAAAAUAUGUAUAUCAGACAAAUGCAAAUACCAAAAUAAAAAUAAGAACAUAUAUUGAGAGGGGGAGACAUUACAAAUGGAUGUAGGAAUGAGGUGACCUGAAUUUAAGAUGGGGAAAACCAGAAACGAAGAGAAGCCGUUAUAGACAGAUUCUUCAACAUUUUAGUGCAAAUCUUUUCUAGUAAACACAUUUUAUAUGCAUCUUUGCCUAAAGCAUACAUUUUUGCAAGCAGUUUCUCCUAAUAUGCAUGCUAUUUUCACUAAAAUAUGCAUAUUCAUGCACACUUUUCUCCAAUACAUACAUUUUUGUAAACCAUAUUUGGCUGAAAAACUGCAUCAGAAAAUUCAAAAAAAUUCAAGCAAAGGUGGUGUUUCAUUUCUUACGUCACUUCAGAAAGUGUGGAUUGGAUCAUUAUACCUUUAAAUGGAAAAUGAGUCAAAUUUCCCCUCCUGGCCAGCCUCACCUAACCCAUUAUAUUCUUUAAUAGGGUGA